AUGGUGCUGUGGCGGCCGCUUCUGCGAUGGCGCCGCCGCCUGCCACCAACUGCCAUUGUGGUGGCGGUGUUCGUGCUGAUGCUACUCGCGCUGCGCAGCCGCAACAACGGCCUUGAUGCUCGUCGCUCACAGCAGAACUCCGCCGGCCUACCCGAGGGCGUCAAAGCAUGCAUACACACCAUCCUCGCUCACGGCGCGCCCAACGUGAGCGCUCUCAUCCCAGCCACAGCACCAACCUCUCGAAGCAGCAGCAGUGCGCUGUACGCUGCCCUUCGCGAUGGUGCACUUGCUGGCGCCCACGCAGUGAAUAACACUCGGAGCACAGCGCACGCUCAUCACUCGCACCAACAAGCCCUGGCCUACUGCAUCAGCGACGAUUACCUCAAGACGGCAGGACGGGUAUCGUGGGUCGACCCUUCGCUGUGGACAGCUGUGAUGCAGGCUGCGCGUGAGGCGCACCGACCGCAGCUGCCGCUGUCCCUCUCCGCUGUUGGAGACAAGCCAGCGCGCAACAUCGUGCACACUGCUCCAGGGACAGACGUGCCCACUGGUGGGGCGUGGUGGGCGCAGCUGCAGCACAUGGCGGCGGCACAACUGAAGAUGCACACGCACUUGCACACGCAGUGGCGAGCCCAGGCACAGCCUCAUGACGAGCCAGCCACUGACGUGAAGGUGCUGGUGGUUCCGGGCGGUCUGCCCAUCACUGACGCGUUCAUCAGCGCUCACGUGUCUGGGCUGCUGCUGCCCAUGGAUGACGUGCUGCCAACCCAUCCACACCUCGGCGUACACAACACCAUCUGCCACGCAUCCCCGGCCCUUAAUCGCGCCGUCAUCUUUGCGUCCCGCUCCCUCUCGCUGACCAACGUGGCCGACACGUGGCUGAUGCACCUUGGCGAACACGUGCGUGUUGGUGGACUGCUUGUGCUGCAUGACGCGUACAUCGCAGGCGGUGACCCUUCGCCUUGCAUCAGGGCAGACGCACUGUAUGCCUCCGAUGGCGACACAACGGCGGUGCGCGCCGACGAACGAACGUUCCUGCGUUUCAUCAUGGCCAAGUUUGAUGUUGAGUGGUACAGGGACGUGCGCGUGUCCCUCCACCCUUCCCUCACAUGUGAGAAGCGGGAGGUGUUUGCGCUGCUGCGGCGCCGUGCGUCGCUGAAACACGGGCUGCCGGCACCGGCCAGACUCGACCUGACUGUGACGUCGCUCAGCGCCAUCCACCACACACUGCACACGCGCUCCACAGACGCCAGCGGCGGUACUGGUGGUGAUGCUGCUGGUGAUGGCGGUGAUGGUGGUGAUGGUGGUGUGGAGAGUGCGGUGGAGGGAGGGGCGGGUGAGGACCAGCGACACGAGGCACGAUGGCUGAGGCAGCUGGUGGCGACGGCUGCCAGCGACAGUGGUGACGAUGGCGGCCACAGCCGUGUCGAUGACACGCAAGAACAUGAUGUUGGCCACACACAUGAACAACAACAACAACAACAACAACAACAACAACAACAACAACAACAACAACAACAACAACAACAACAACGACGACGACGACGACAACAACAAAAAACCCACCAGCAGCAGCAGCGUCGGUGGGCUGGCAACGGGCUGUUGUACGACAGCAUGUCGCAUCUGGAGGCAUUUGAUGCCGUGGAGCGGCUCCUUGAAGGGGGCGUGCCCGAUGGAUGCGACCCAACCAGCGACAUUUGCAACAUCUUCUUUGUCUGGACGUCGCAUCGCGAUACGUGGUCCUUCCUGAACAGACUGGCGGUGGAAUCCGCCCUGCGCGUCUUCCCGCGUGCGCGCGUGAUUAUCGUGUCAAACACGCUUCCCGUCACCUUCUUCAACAGCCUGCAGGCAUCGCACCGCGUGUAUGUGUGGCGCAUCGUGCCCACCCGCCUCGUGCGCGCCGGCGUUGCUGGCGGCAGGUGGCUGCGCGCUGCCCUGCGUGAGCAAGGCCCACACCUCCCCACGCAUCAGAGCGACUUCCUGCGGUACGUUGUGCUGUACAAGUACGGCGGUCUGUUCAGCGACACGGACCUGGUGUGGCUGGACGCGUCCCCGCUCGCCCACGCCAUUGGCCGCAACUUCCUGGGCAAGAUUGACAGCCGGCCCAUCUUGCCGCGCUGCCCCUGGUGCGUCGACAGCACGUGGUACCUUGCCAACGGCGUGCUGCGCUUCCAGGCGCGCCACCAAAUGCUUGCAAGCAUCCUUGGACAGAUUGACACGCUGGCGUAUGAUCGCAGUGACCGGCUGGCCAUUGGACCGCACCUCGUCACCAAGACGUUCAACGCCAUGCAGGACCCAAGCGUCAUCUUGAUUGACGAGCACGUGUUGUUUCCCCUGCCCGGACCCGCAGUCCUGCACUACAUGAUGCACAUCCCGCCACGCGCGCGCAUGCAACACAUGCUGUCGUCUGCUGCCGUCCACGUGUUUGAGGCCACGUACAAGCACGCGCCCUAUUUGCCCACGAGUGCUAUGCAGCAGCUGCUGGUGCUCACGCCAUGGGUGCAGCCUGACCCCGUCUGCGAAUGCGUCUGGCAGCAUCAGCGGGAUGGCGGUGACGGUGCUGGUGGUGGUGGAAGUGACCGUGAGAACGCCGCGAGCGUGAUCAGCGACCAAGGCAACAACAGCAACAACACUGCCAGCAGCAGCGGCAGCAGGGGGCAUGCGGGCGGUGGGAUGAUGGGGGCGCUGUGUCUGCCCGUUAGCGCGUCGUCGCGAUUUCGCCACGGGUCACGUGAUCGCCUCUUGCGUCUGUGCAUCAAAACGCUGUACCAGCAGGCAAACAAGCGGAUCGUAAUUCCGCUCUAUCGUGACAUGGCACACCCGGAGGUUCUCGAACUGUCCCAGCUGUGGUAUGUGCACGGCGGCGGCUACUGCAACGACCACGUGUCUGUGACGGUCGUGCUGUCCUCGGGUGUCGUCACUGGUGAUGCGCAGCAUAGUAAACAACAACAACAACAACAACAACAACAACAACAACAACAACAACAACAACAACAACAACAACAACAACAACAACAACAGCAGCAGCAGCAGCAGCAGCAGCAGCAGCAGCAGCAGCAGCAGCAGCAGUAG